UGAAAGCAGUAAGCAGAGUUCCCCCCUCCCAAGCACAGGGUGAGCUUGCCUUGACAGGCAGGCACUCGUACAAGCUGCUGCUACUCCCAGUGUGGAGGCUCUUACAAAUCAGGAAGGAGGGGAAAGUGAUAGAGAAACAACAACACCAAAAAACUCCUCUAAAACAGCUGAGGAUGAAAGCGAUCAGGAAGAAAGCAACUUGAAGGCAGCAGGAGGAGGAGGAGGACAACGAUUUUCCUAGAAACCUGGAACAGCAAAUCUGACCUUCCUCGGGAGAACAUUAGGCUAACCACACAAGUGCUUCAGAGCGACAAUUGCGGCUGUGUCCGUGGGCUGCUGCUAAGAGCCAAGCAGAUGCCUGUAGAGCAGUAGUCUGCUAUGCGCCGGUGGACCUGAAGCCAGGAGUCAGUCGACAGAUCCCGAUCUCGGGUGCAAUGGCGUCAAUACAGAAUAACUCCUAUCUGUCUAGGGCAAUGGAGAACUUCAUGGUUCUGCGCUCCGGGAACACGAGCGCCAACUCAUCCACUGCCGACUGCAGCGUGGAAGACAACACGUACAAGUGCAAAUUCGACGAGGAGUUCAAGUACAUUCUGCUGCCCGUCUCCUAUGGCAUCGUGUGCGUGGUGGGGCUAUGCCUCAACCUGCUGGUCCUCUACGUCUUCCUCUUCAGGAUCAAGACCUGGAACGCCUCCACCACGUACAUGUUCAACCUGGCCGUGUCUGACACACUCUACGUGGUUUCCCUGCCUUUGCUGGUGUAUUAUUACGCCAAGGGGGAUAACUGGCCCUUCAGUGUGGGCUUGUGUAAAAUAGUCCGUUUCCUGUUCUACACCAACCUCUACUGCAGCAUCCUCUUCCUGCUCUGCAUCAGUGUCCACCGUUUCCUGGGCAUCUGCUUCCCGCUGAAGUCGCUGCAGUGGGGCCGCGUCCGCUACGCACGGAGGGUGUCGGGGGUGGUCUGGUUGGUCAUAAUCACGUGCCAGUCGCCGGUGCUCUUCUUCGUCACCACCAGCGUGAGGUGCGAGACCAUCACCUGCCACGACACAUCGAGCAAGGAGCUCUUCGGCCAGUUCGUCAUCUACAGCUCGGUGAUGCUGGUGCUGCUGUUCUGCAUCCCUUUCCUGGCCAUCAUUGUGUGCUACUGCCUGAUGGCUCGGAGGCUGCUGCAACCCACCCGGGGCACCUCCAAGAGGUCCAGGUCCAAAAAGAAGUCAGUCAAGAUGAUCAUUGUUGUCCUGGUGGUCUUCAUCAUCUGCUUCCUUCCUUUCCACAUCACUCGCACCUUGUACUACUCCUUCCGGAGCUGGGACCUUAGCUGCGGGACCCUCAAUGCCAUUAACUUAGCCUACAAAGUAACCAGGCCCUUAGCUAGCACCAACAGCUGCCUGGAUCCCAUUUUGUACUUCUUAGUAGGCCAAAGGUUUGUGAAGUUCAAGGGCAACAAAAUGCCAGUGAAAACUCCAAACCAAACAGCCCUGAAGGUAACUCCCACCAGCAACACGGGGACCAGCAGCAACCUAGAUAUGAUAGCCAAAAUGUGAAAUCCUAGCCUGCCACAUUUCUGUCCACUGUCCCGCCACACUGCAGACUAUUCUAUCUCUGUGGUGGAAGGACUUCUCCACCGUGUGUAGGGGAGUCUGGCAUGUGGCCAUUAUGCAUGCAUAACUCACUGGUGAGCGUGUUACAGGUCCCACUCUGCACUGAGUUGCAGAGGAUCUGAGUUGUUGCAGCCCCCAGCUACAGAGGCAUGACUCUUUAGCUAAAGGUGCAGCAGCUCAUGCUUUUUGCUCUGACGGUCCUACCUGUGGUGUGUCAGCCAAGGUGACGGCUGUCACCCAUUCAGUUGAUGCCCUAGGCUUCAGGUGUUGAUGCUUGAGCAGGAAUGGGUUCAACAAGAUACACCUGUGUGUAUGUCACCAGUUUAAUGAGUUUUUGGAACUAAGGUGCUGCUGCAAGGAUAUAUUAUAAUCCCAUAUGCAUGUCCUCAUUCAGCUCUGCAACCAGAAUACUUCUCCUCCACCAAAUCCGCUCCUCUCUCUGAUUCUGAAAGAUGUCUAUCUAGGAGUGAGCAAAGACUACUUGGUGCACGGUGGUCAGGCCAAAGAAGUGACAAAGCAUGGUAAAAGAAUAAUAGCCAUGUGAAAAGUUCAUACUGUUUUUUCUAAACCAGUGUUUCUCAAACUGGGGCCGCCGCUUGUGUAGGGAAAGCCCCUGGCGGGCCGGGUCGGUUUGUUUACCUGCCCCAUCCGCAGGUCCGGCCGAUCGUGGGUCCCACGACCCACCAGGGGCUUUCCCUACACAAGCGGCGGCCCCUGUUUACACUGUUGUAAACCAAAUUUUUUCAAAAACCCCGCAAACCCGAACCCAGGUGUCGAUAUUAAUGAAAUGUUCUGCUUUUCACAACCUUUUUCUGCCAUAUUUUCUGCUGAUGUUUUUAUCAAAAAAAUAUUGCAAUUGGCAAGAAAACACUGUUUGCAGAGCAUGAAAAAGGUCGAUAAUUAUUUUGAUAAAAAUUUCAAUCCCAAUAUUGAUUUAGAAUAUCUCAGAAAAUGGAGCCCUGGGACAUGGAAAAGACUUUGACGUUUUUCACAAAAUCAUUUCCCCAUUUUAAAUCCAGCCCCCAGAGCAUCUCAUGGGGAAGCUUUCAUCAUUCAUACUAAGGAUGUGAGACUUUUCGCCUCACUCCACACCGAGGGGGAUGACUCUGAGAAAAAUAGUUACAAUCUGCAAAGUCUUUUCCUCCUGGGUGAAUAUUUAGCACAAGAAAGGAAAGUAAGUCAAUUAUAGGCAGAAAGGAAACAGAAAAGCUCUCCAGCAAGGGGGUCUACCCACGUUUAUGGGUUGCCUGACCUUCCCAAAGGCGAUAGCCCUCCUCUGUCUCCCGAGUGUUGGGUCUCAUAGCUUUUCGCCAGAGAGCGCUGCUUGUUCACCAGGCACUGGAUACUGCUCCCCUACCCUGUCACACCCAAAUUCUAAAGGCUUUUCGAAAGCCAUAAGGCCUCCAAACGGCAGCUUUGACUAAUUGCCCAAUACUGACUUUAAUUUUGGGUGGGGUUUCUUUUUAUCCUUUCCCUAGUGAUUCAUCUUUCCUGAGAAAGCGAUAUACCUGGCUAGGUAAUCCGGGGCUGGAGUGUAAGGUCAUGUCUACACUGCCAUUUGUGUUGGCAAAUUUUUUGUCGCUCGGGGGUGUGAAAAAACCACACCCUCUGAGCGACAUAAAUUUCUCUGGCAUAAGUGGUAGUGUGCCCAGCGCCAUGUCGGCGGGAGAGCUUUUCCCGCCGACAUAGCUCCCGCCGCUCGUUGGCGAUGGUUUAAUUAUGUGUCAGGAGAGCUCUCUCCUGUCAGCUGUCAGCACAGAGUGGCUACACGAGUGAUUUUACAGCAGUGCAGGUGUAUCGGUAUUGCUGUGCCACUGUAAGCUCACUAGUGUAGACAUGGCCUACGAAACUAGAUGUACAGCAACAGGGAAACGUUUUUCUAGCAUGGAGGCGACAGCACUCGGCAACUUUUAGCAAUUUGCCAGGAGCCGAAGAGCUGCAGCUAAUUGAGAAAGGGCCCAAUUCAGCCGCUUUUACUCAGUACUGAGCCUGACUCAACCCUGGGCCAGAUCCUCGGCUGGUGUAAAUCAGCAUGGCGUUAUUAAAGCCAAUGGUCCUCCCUAGAAAAUUAGGCAGUGUUAGAACACGACCAAGAGGAAUCAGGUUAAGUAACAUGACGUUAAACCCUACUUUGUAGUCAGUGGGCUUGUCUUCACUGCCAAGUUAACGUGUGAGUGCUGCCCCUAACUCGAGUCCUGCCCAUGUACACAAACCUUAGCUCCAGUGUGGUGGUGCUUUUAACUCGAGUUUGCUGGCCCAUUCAGGUGUAUGAGCUAAAGUCAGUGCAACUCAUCAGCUGCCAACAUGACCACUUAAGUGUGGAUGCAGGAUAGCCCCACUUGAGUGCUUCCAGUCCUCCAAUGCCUUCCCACAAUUCCCUCAGUGUGCCAAGUAAGGACAGACAAGUCCACUCACAAUUCACUGGGAAAGAGUUCAUAGAGUGGCUCAGUUUACUGGAGUGCAAAGAACCAUAGGAUAUGACCCGAGAAGUCUUAGCGCCACACACAAGUGAGUGCAGCGCCAAUGUGAACAUAGUUAUUUCAUAGUGUGGGGCACUCACUCGAGCAAGGCUAAAUCGGUGGAGAUAUCCUGAGAUAACUCUGCAGUGAAGACAGACUAGAGACAAGUUGUAUUCAGCAUCAUGUCCACAUGUCCUGGUUAACCUUAUCCUUCCAGUAGGUUUUAACCCUGACUAGCUGAAAUGAGGUUACCAUGGCUUGCCCCUGAUUAUAGCAAUUUGUAGAGAAGCAGAGUGUCCAGUGGAUUGGGGACUGUCUUGGGUGUCAGAAAAGCUGGGUUCUGUUCCUAUCUCUUCUACUGAUAUAGCCUGGAUUAUACAGGAAGUUGGUCUAAUGGUCCUUUCUGGCCCCAAAAGCUAUGAGUAUAUAGCUGAGUUUAUCAUGUUAGUUAACACAACUUGUCAUGGUCUAACAUAACCUAAUUUUCUAUUGAAGACAAGGCUCGUGGUGCUACACCGAUUUACACCCUCUGAGGUUCUGCUCCCAUGGAACUAGUAGUGGAUUAUGGUAUUCCUCAGUGUGAGUAAGGUUGCCAGGACCUUGCCCAUGGGGGGGAAGGGAUAGCUCAAUGGGUUUGAGCAUUGGCUUGCUAAACCCAGAGUUGUGAGUUCAAUCCUUAAGGGGGCCAUUUAGGGAACUGGGGUAAAAAUCUGUCUGGGGAUUGGCCCUGCUUUCAGCAGGGGUUGGACUAGAUGAUCUCCUGAGGUCCCUUCCAACCCUGUGAUUCCAUGAUCAUUAAAAUAAAUGCACACCCUCCCUAAUCUGUGCUUGCAUCUUCCCUAUUGGAAUUGCUGGCAGGUUGAGUUCACAAACAAAACAACCUUCACAUUGAUCAGAUUUGCUCACUCCCUUCCAGGGUUCCUACACCCAUCAACUGAGAGAUUUGAAGCCAGACUGGAGAAAACAUUAGAAAAUGUGCUGCACUGGCAAGGUCUAGCUGAGCUAAUAGAUCUUUUCCAUCUCUAAUUUCUAGGUCUUAGAAACAGUCCAGCCCAAGCACAGAAUUCCUUGCCCCCCUUACCAACAUGACGAUGAUGAAAAAUGGGUGGUUUACUCACCCAUAACAAAACUGCUUGUCCCAGAUAAGUGGGUGAGUAGAAUUUUGCAAGAGCAGACAUGGCUGCAUAUUAAGACUAUGCAGGUAACACUUUGCCCCUGUCUAAACCCACUUUUAGGAAUAAGACAUCUCAGUUUCUUCUGUCCCUAGAUUUUACAUGUGUGUGUGGUUUACUGGUGAUAAAGACACCCAGCUGUGUAACACCACGUGUGAUACACACGAGUCCGAUCCAAUGCCUAUGAAGCCAAUGGGAGUAUUUCCAUUGACUUCAGAGGGACAUGGAUCAGGCCCCAUAUGAAAGACAGGAUUAGGAACGAUUAAAAAUCCCACUUAGUAUGUUUCUCUCUGAUCUAAUGGUGGUCCAGAAUCAGAUAUGAGUGAACAAAGUUUUUCAGGUUCAGAGCAACCAGAGAGGUACUGACUGGAAGUUUUUAUUUUUGUUUUUGAAAGUACUAACUUAUAUUAAAAAAAAAUGUUCACUUUUGUGACAAUAUAGCACAUUUUUAUUUUUGUAAUAUGUAAUGAACUUGUAUUGCUUAUGAUAAAAUAAGUUUAUUUCUA